AUGGAUGGGCUCGGCCUAAGGUGGAUUCACGGUGGUUUGGGGUUUAGGUGUGGAUCUAGUAAGGUUUGGUGCUGUUUGAGGUUCAUUUUCUGGAAGGAAAAACUCUCAUUCCUCUCCACUCUCCUCCUGAAUGGGUGUUUUGGUGCAGUAGGGUUAAAGUUCAUUGUGAUAGAGAAUUUUUUUCAAGCUGGACUUAGUUUAACAACGGACUUGAUUGAUAGGCUAUGUGCAAGGGUUGUCAUUGGUCAGUAUGAUCUUUUUCUUAAGGUCUCAUCGAAGAGGGAAGUUGUCAAAGCUCUAAUUCAACGAGGAUUUUCUAAUGAUGUCGCGCAGUGGGUAGUCACUAACCUACAACCAACCAGUCCUUUUGGCUCACGAAUGUCAAGCUUCUCGUGGAUGUUUGACCUAAAGGCGAUUGCUGAAAUGUAUCAGUCAUAUGAAGAAACAAAUUUGUGGAAAAUUGUUGAAAAUGUUCCUCGUGGUGUGCAUAUGAACUUUCUGAAAGCAGAGAGAAGUCUACACAGAUGGGCUCUUGAAGAUCUUGAACGAAUCCAUGCUGCUGAGGAGCUGGCUGCCGAGGAAGGUGGUGGAGUUGAAAUGCAUGUUCUUGAAGAUGCUGGCCACUGGGUACAUGCAGAUAACCCAGAUGGACUCUUCAGGAUCCUAUAUUCGUCUUUUCAGGGAGUCAAGACCUAAACUUGCAAAUAUGUACACUUUCUCACGUAGCGCUUUUCUUUUUGUUUUGGGUAUUGAGGGCUGGUUCGUAAUGAACCGGUCAUGUUAUUUCUUGUUAAUUUCUCAUUCUAUUGUUUUUGCAUGUAAUUUUUUUCUUCCACAUUGCACAUGCACUUCAUUAUAUUUUCCUCAUGGAAACAUCACCCGUCACAGAUAGUUAAAAAGUUGGGUUAAAGAGCAUUGUCUCUCCUCAACUAUUUCACAACGAGAACUCAAUAUCUGAAACUGUUUUGAGUAGUGUUUUUUGUUGGUGUUAAAGUUGUUGCAAUGCUGAGUAUUGGCCGGUGGAUAUUAA